GCCAAUGCUGGUCAUGGAAACAUAGAAAACGAACGAGUUUAAGCAAAUAUCACUUGCAGUACUAAUGGCUUCAAUGAAUAACCAAAAAGAAAUUGAGCUCUUUGAGGGCCAAUCUCUUUUGUACAUGCAGUUAUAUGGCAACCUAAGAACUAUGUGUCUUGAGUGGGUUGUGCAACUUGGUAUUCCAGACAUAAUACACAAUCAUGGAAAACCCAUUACUCUUUCUGAGUUGGUCUCAACUCUCCAAAUUCCACCACCUAAGGCUGGUUUUGUGCAGCGGUUCAUGCGUUUUUUGGUACUCAAUGGAAUAUUUGAUACCCAUGAGAGCCAAGAAGAUCAUGAAUUAGCAUAUGCUCUAACCCCUACUUCAAAGCUUCUUGUCAGUAGCAGUGACCACUGUUUAUCUCCAAUGGUUCGGGUCAAUACUGAUCCACUUCUGAUGGGUGCAUUCCAUCACUUUGUUGAAUGGAUUCGUGGGGACGACCCCUCAAUAUUUGAGACAGUCUUCGGAACAAGCAUUUGGGAAUAUUUUGAGAAGAAACCUGCAUAUAUGAGUCUCUUCAACGAGGCUAUGGCAAGUGAUUCCCAAAUGGUAGGCUUGGCACUCAAAAAUUGCACUUCAGUUUUUGAGGAUCUGGAUUCCAUGGUGGAUGUAGGUGGUGGAACUGGAACCACCGCAAGAAAUAUCUGUGACGCAUUUCCUAAGCUGAAAUGUGUUGUGCUUGACCUUCCUCAUGUUGUAGAAAACUUGACAGCAACCAAUAAUUUAAGUUUUGUUGGUGGUGACAUGUUCAAAUCUAUCCCUCAAGCUAGUGCAGUUCUACUAAAGUGGGUUUUACAUGAUUGGGAUGACGAAGAUUGCAUAAAGAUCCUGGAAAAGUGUAAAGAUUCUAUUUCAAGCAAAGGCAACGGAGGGAAAGUGAUUAUCAUAGAUACAGUGAUAAACGAGAAGCUAGAUGACCCGGAUAUGACUCAAACAAAGCUUAGUUUGGAUAUAAUAGUUAUGUUGACUAUGAAUGGAAAAGAACGAAGUGAAAAAGAAUGGAAACAACUCUUCACUGAAGCAGGAUUCAAACACCACAAAAUAUUUCCCAUCUUUGGUUUUAGAUCUCUAAUUGAGGUCUAUCCAUGAGCAUUUAUAUUAUUUCUGUAUAUCACACUCAACAUGUUUUUUAUAUAUAUAUAUAUAUAUAUGAACAUCCUAAGACAUCGUUAUUAUGUAUUUAAUAGUUUGCGCGUGUUGUGAGUUGAAUAAAGCUAAGAUGGCAUAUUGGCAUUGUUAACUUCUGUUGGAAUUACAUUAUGUUUGCUAGGUGGUUAAAUGCUCUGUGUACGAAUCUCGAUCAUUCCUAUUU